AUUCUCCGCGCCCAUUGUAUGACUUCCCUGCCUCGCGGUAAUGCAAUGAUCACGAGUACCACUUUCCAGUGUACGUCAAGGCACCACUCUAUCUCUCCAUUGGUCAGUACCCUAAUAGAAGCCUGACCGCGGUCCUAGUACAGUCCCACAAAGCUUCCUCAAACCACCAUGGCGUCCUCACCUCCCCCAUACAAGCCCUCGAGUGCGCGAAGACAUGCGGCAUACUACUUUGCCGACGGAAACUUGACAAUAUUGGUGGAGAGGACCCUGUACAAUGUAUGGGCAGCGACAUUCCGACAGCACUCGAGCUCGUUCGCAAAGCAGUUCUCGCUCGCGGCCGAUCGAGAGACAUCGGAUGCAUCCCCGCUUCGCCUAGACAAUGUUACGACCGAAGAGUUCGAGAGAUUUCUCUGGAUACUCUAUCCUCCCGCGCUCGACCUAGAGAAACCGCAAACCGUCGAUGACUGGCUCGCCAUCCUCAAGCUGUCCACGAUGUGGAACUUCCCCUCAGCUCGCAACCUCGCCAUCCAGCGCCUCGCAAAGCUCAGGACUGACCCCGUGCGGCAGCUCGUCAUGCAAUUCCAAUACAGCGUCGACGCGCAAUGGGGGUACGAGGCAUUCCGCGCGCUCUGCAAGCGCCGCGAGCCGCUGAGCCUUGUGGAGGCGCGCGAUGUGGGGAUGGAGGUGGUCAUAAAGGUGUCGGUCGCGCGCGAGCGGUUGGCGAGGACGUGGACGAAACCUGAGAGUAUCGUGCAAGAGGUUUGGAAUUUUCCCAUGUUUUGAAAGGGUAGACGAACUACUGAAUGUACCAAUAAAUAGAAACACAGCAUGCACCGCUUGCCGAAUCCUGUCAGCGCUACAAUAUAGUCUGUCCUACCGUGAUUACAAUGGACUUUCAGUUGCCUUGCAACGCAGUAAGUACGCAGCCCCCGGCGCAUGUAGAUAGACGAAUUUCUGGACGAGCGCCCAAUGCCGGCCGUACGGCCCCGCAACAUCAUCGGGCUCCGCUCUCAGCAGCUUGCACAGCUCCUCUCCCGGGCGCCGUGCAUCCCAGAAGGUCAUGAAUAAUUCCUCCAAGAGCGUGCUCACUGUGACCUCUCGUAGGUGAAAUUCUCUGUACAGCCCAGACAUGAGAACGCGAACAAAGAACCAGUCAGCCUCGAAGGCAGGGUGCGGGUGCGGCGCGGCGCGAG